AGGUAAAUCCGUGAAGAAUCUGUGGUGAAGAAUGCAAAUGUCAAAAAUCAAAAACAUAACCUAACUUUUGAGACAGUAAAGGAAAUUAACCAAAACUUGAAAAACAAGAACAUAAUUUAAAAUGAGUCUGUGUAUACGAUCUAAGUUGUUGCGGCCGAACUUUAUCGGCUCUCUGUUUCGUUACUCCACUUCGCCAGUGGAAGCUCUAGAACAGAGUGAGGCAGUAGUAGACGUCGAUGAAGAUGCAUUGGCGAGGGAAGCCGAAAUAGAACGCAAGAGGAAUAUUUCUAGACUGAACCCACCUCAUCAAAACCUCAUAAAUGGAACUAGGCCUUAUGAGGAACCGAAAUCUUUGGCACAUCUGACUGUUAAAUAUAAUAGGAAGAUGUAUGGAAAAUACGGCAGUGCCAGUGGUGUUAAUCCCAGCAUAUGCUUUCCAUCAAAACAAGACAUAGCGGAGAAAAUUGAAUAUGAAUCGGUGGCAUAUCCAUAUACCAUAAAGCAGAUGAUGGAGACAGCUGCGCGGAACAGGAAGGAGCAACAAGAGAAAAUAGAGCAAAGAGACAGAGAGGUGGCAGCUAGGUUUGCUAAGUUAGGUCAAUGGAUGAAAGAACUUAAUGAUAAGAUUGCUAAGAAAACUGCUGAGACUAAUGCUGCCAAGCAAAAGAAGGAGAGGCUAGUGGAAGAAGUAAGAAGACACUUCGGCUUCAAGUUAGAUCCUCGUGAUGAGAGGUUCCAAGAGAUGCUGGCUAAACGAGAAAAGGAACAGAAGAAAUUAGAGAAGCAAGCCAGAAAGGAAGCUAAGGAGAAAGUCAUGAUCGCUAAACUUCAGCAGCAGAAUGCAAAAAUAAGUGACGCUAAGAAGUGAAUAGGUUAGAUAUUGUAGUUAUUUUAUAAUUAGAGUAAUAAAUCGUUAUUGUAAAUUGAAA